CCUGUCUACACUGUUCCUAGUUCACCAUCCCUUUUUGUUUUCUUUCUGCCCAAGAGGACAUUGCCAUCAAAAGGGAACCGCAGCAAAAUGUUUUCCCUGAAAGGAGCAGCCCUGCUGCUCCUGAUUGUCCUGAUUCAAGUCGCCCUUUGCGCUGAGGACUACUACAAGGUUCUGGGAAUAGACAGACGAGCCUCAGACAAGCAAAUCAAAUCUGCGUACCGACAACUCUCCAAGAAAUUCCACCCAGAUAAGAAUCCAGGCGAUGAUACGGCCAAGGAGAAAUUCGUCGAGGUCUCCGAGGCGUACGAGGCGCUCUCGGACCCAGAAUCGCGCAAGAUCUACGACCAGUACGGCCAUGAAGGCUUGAAACAGCGGCAGCAGGGCGGCGGCGGCGGACACCACGACCCCUUCGACCUGUUCAGCCGGUUCUUUGGCGGGGGCGGGCACUUUGGCGGGCACGGGGUGCGCAGGGGCCCCAACGUGGAGGUCAAGAUCGGCGUGUCGCUGCGCGACUUCUACAACGGGCGGACGACCGAGUUCCAGUGGGAGAAGCAGCAGCUCUGCGAGGAGUGCGACGGCACGGGCUCGGCAGACGGGGUGGUCGAGACGUGCGGGCACUGCGGGGGCCACGGCGUGCGCAUCACCAAGCACCAGCUGGCGCCGGGCAUGUUCCAGCAGAUCCAGACGCAGUGCGACCAGUGCGGCGGGCGCGGCAAGAUCAUCAAGCACAAGUGUCCCGUGUGCGGCGGGCAGCGGGUUGUGCGGCGGGCGACCACGGUGCCGCUCAACAUCGAGAGGGGUGCCGCGCGGGACGCCAAGCUGGUGUACGAGAACGAGGCAGACGCCAGCCCGGACUACGAGGCGGGCGACCUGAUCGUCACGCUGACGGAGAAGGAACCCGACCUGGAGCAGGACAACCCGGACCGGGUGGACGGCGUGUUCUUCCGGCGCAAAGGGGACGACCUGUUCUGGCGGGAGCUGAUCAGCCUGCGGGAGGCGUGGAUGGGCGACUGGGAGCGCAACAUCACGCACCUGGACGGGCACGUCGUGAAGCUCGGCCGCGCGAGGGGCGAGGUCGUCCAGCCGGGCCACGUCGAGAGGGUGCAGGGCGAGGGCAUGCCCAAAUGGCACGAGGACGGCGACAGUGUGUACCACAAGACCGAGUUUGGCAACCUGUACGUCGAGUACGUGGUUGUGCUGCCCGACCAGAUGGACAGCGCCAUGGAGAACGAGUUCUGGUCCGUCUGGGAGAAGUGGAGGAAGAAGGUCGGUGUGGACCUGCAUGCGGACAGCGGCAGGCCCGACAAGGUCGAGGUACAGGAACAGCACGAGCACCAGCACGAGGAGUUAUAGAGCAUAGACGGGGAAAUAAUCUGGAGAAAUUAGAGGAUCUCUCUUUAUCAGAAUAAAGAAAUAAAAUAAAACGUUCACGU